GCGCCCGAGCGCCCCCGAGCCGCUCUCGCCCCGAGCUCCGCGUCCGCAGUCCCCGCUCGCGCCGCGCACGAGCGAACGUGUGCCGAAUUCGUGUUCGCCGCUCGGUUAAAUUAAAUUGAAACAACUGCGAUUGCUAGCGCGGCGUUGCCAUGAGUAUGUCGGACGUGGAGUGGUCGGGGGACCUGUCCAUCCGGCUGGUGGAGGAGUACCGGCAGCGGCCCGAGCUGUGGGACAACUCGCACAACCUGUACCGCGUGCAAACCGCCAAGUACGAGGCCUGGGCAGACAUCGCCAGGAUAUUCGAGUGCGAUAUCGCCGACUUGCGGAAAAAGUUGAAUUCGAUAUUCGCUUCGUAUCGACGAGAGAAAGCUAAGAUUCGUAACGGUGGCCGCUCCACUUGGUUUCUGUAUUCAUACUUGAGGUUUCUGCCGAACCAUAUGGAAUCACCUCAUGAUAUCGAAGUCAUUGUGGGCACAUCAAAUGACAUCCAGAUCUCUCAGAAUCCAGAAUCAGCGAGAUCAGACGAAUCCUCAGAUGAUGACGACGACCGAGACGACAGCCACAUCACCAUCAAACAGGAGCCAGUCGUGGAAACAUACGUGCCUGAGGCUCACGUCAGCCCACCGAGGCGAAGAGCACUCGCAAAGGAAAGACUUCCAAAAAGAAAGUACAGACUAAAUACCAGACCUUUACUAAAACGAAAAUUAAUCAAAGAACCAGAAGUUAAAGAUACCUUAGACAGCAGGUUAUUAGAAACGUUGAAAUUAUUGCGAAAAUCAGAUCUGUCUAAAAAGAAAGAUGAAUGUGAUAGCUUUGGGGAGUACAUAGCUGUGUCGCUGAGGAAACAUGACGAGAGGACGAGGAGUAUGAUCAAGCAAGCUAUCAACAAUAUUCUGUUCGAACAGGAAAUGAAGAAGUACAGCACGGGACAGUACACGAUGGUGCUGUCAGGAGUUGAUGAGAACCCUCUCGUCAUAGGUGAUGGUGAUGAGAAGUGAAUCUAUGAUGACUCAGACCUCUAGUGAUAAGUAAUUCCUCAGUGAGACUGAUUCGAGUACCGUAAGAUAGUACUGAUAUGAAUGUAACUACUUAAUGUUAAAUUCAAAGUGCAUAAAAUAUUGUCUUAUUUUGAGUUUAACUUCAACAGUUUGUAAAUAAAUAUUUGUACCAA